CAUAGCCUGAUAUUAGACUCGACAGAGUUCUUUAAGAAGAUGGAGACAGAAAUCCUUCGAAAAGUUCAGCAAAACGAUCUAGGAUGGCGCAAUAAGGAUAAAGGACCGGGAAGUACAUCUCGAACGACUCAAGAUGGUAGGGAAACUAACCCAAAGCGACAAAAACGCUCCUCGCCUGGUAAUUCACAACAAAAUUCAAAUAUAACAUCUUCCGAUGUACAGAUGCUAGUCAAACAAGAACUACGAAUGCUCCAAAAACAAGUCUGUGCUAAAGAUUACACACUUUGUCGCCCAGGACCCAAAGGAAGCCAAGGGAGGCGGGGUAGACAGGGAACCCGUGGGAAACGGGGAUCCCCAGGGAAACCUGGGCCAUAUGGACCCCCUGGCAAACAUGGACCAGUAGGCGCGAAAGGAGCGAAAGGAAUCAAGGGGGACAUCGGGAAAACGGGAGACCUCGGACCCAAGGGACCGUCAGGCCCGCAGGGUGUGAAAGGUACCAAAGGUGAGCAGGGCCAGUCCCUCUUAUUGCCCUCCCUCCUGGAGCGUCCUGUAGGAAAGACAGUCAAUGAAACUCAGACAGCCAUGUUGAAAUGUGCAGCGGAUGGUAACCCAGAGCCAUCAGUCACGUGGUACAAGAUGAAUUCGUCCCUUCCAGCCGGACGUCACGUGGUAGAGUCCAGUGGUUCUCUAAUUGUGAAGGACGUGAAAGCUGAGGACGAUGGAGUAUACACCUGCAAAGCGCAAAGUCUGCUUGGACAAGUGAACGCCUCGGCUAAAUUAACUGUACAGUGUAAGCUUUACUGGCUUCUUAAUUCGCAAUGA